ACCAACGCCUAUAAAUAUCUCCAAGGGGCUUCUCUUGUUGGCCAAGUUAUUUGGGUGCGCGGGACUCUCUCUCUCUUUCUCUCUCUAGGGUUUUCUCUAUUCGUAUUGUCUUGUGUUCUCCACCGUCUCGAUCAUGGCUCGCCGAAGCGCCGGAGGAAGACCAGCCCCUCGUGCUGCUCCACGAGCUGCACCAGUGCGUAAUCCUCCUCAACCAGCAAGUCAUGCUCCUCCUCCUGCACCCGUACAGAGUAGUGGUGGUGGAAUGCUGAGUGGGAUUGGUUCUACUAUCGCUCAAGGAAUGGCUUUUGGCACUGGUAGUGCCAUGGCACAUAGAGCUGUUGAUGCUGUUCUUGGUCCUCGUACCAUCCAGCAUGAAACUGUUGUCUCCGAGGCUCCUGCUGCUUCAGGUGCAGCGAUGAACGCAAAUGGGUCUGAUGCAUGCAGUGUUCACUCCAAAGCUUUUCAGGAUUGCCUCAACAACUACGGGACGGAUAUCAGCAAGUGCCAAUUCUACCUGGACAUGCUUUCUGAGUGCCGCAGGAAUUCCGGCAUGAUGAGUGCUUGAUGUUAGGGGAUCCCAUGGUCCUGAAUUGAAGCGAGAAAGAGUCUCUAGGCCUGGACAAUUUCUUCAUAUCGAAAUAAUGAACACUCUUCAUGAGUCAACUACGAAACUGUAGUAUUUGUUUAUGUGUUGAUGCUUUUACUGCCAAUGAUUAUCUGUUACCAUCUUUGCUGCUGCUUGUUUGUCUCGGAUUUUUAAUAGAGAGCUACUUGCUUUUA